UUAUGGUGGGAUUUUCGUUUUUUCGUUUAUGUAUGAAAACUCUAUAAGUGCAAUACGACCAUGCCAAACGACAAUACAAGACGGCGAAGAGGAAAGAAACAUGGAGGCACCUCACAGUCCUCAGACCUUCAGAAGGAAAGACAAGCGGUAUUCUCCACAACCAAAAAUGACAGACUUUUUUCCAUCGCAAAAGUCGGACGAAAAAAGAGGUUUUGCAAAUGAGAGCUCAAAUGCCAUUCCAAACACCAAUAACAAUGAUGCUGUUACAGUCUUGUAUGAGAGCAAGGUGAAUCAUGAGGCUAAAUGUGAUCCCGUUCUGGAAUGGACUGAAGAAGAUGUGAAACAAUGGCUUCACCGUUUGCCAGAUGGCUUAGGUCAAUACAGCCAAAAUUUUGUGGAGGCAGGAGUUACAGGAAAAUAUCUUGUGAACCAUUUGACCGUUGAUAUCCUAGAAUCGAUGAAAAUUAAAAAGAUGCAUGCUCUUCAUCUUUACGAAGAAAUAUGUGAACUGAGGAGGAAAGGUAUUCACAGUAUAGAUGACGUGAGAGCUUACAUACAACGUCACGAGCAUUUGCUGUUGCCAUAUGCGACGAAUAACUUCAAAGUGGAAAACUUCACCGUAAAAGAAACCCAUCCAUUCCAUGAGAAGGUGCAGAACGAGGCAAUACCAAUGGGAGGUUAUGACUGUAGCCAAGGUCAUCCGAACCUGCUAUUGUGGAACCUGCCUCAGAGUACCAAACAGUUUAAAAACGAUAAUCCAGGUGUUUCAUGGGUACUUAAGGUUGGCCAACGUAUACUGAAUGGGGGCAGGAAUCAUCCAUUAGGUGUUCUAUUCGGUGUGUCGGGCUGCGGCAAGUCUCGCACGAUAUUCGAGGUUCUCUCCACCCGCUACGGUCUCUACUUUGAGCCGUACGGCAGCCAGCAGCCCGGCUCGCCCGAGAUGAAACCCCUGGAGAGCAAGAUCCACAUGAAGGCGGAGUACGACAAGGAAAAUCUCACCAGCAUCGCUACGCAUCUCAUCCAUGCGCUCGUGCUCACGCGUCUGCUGCUGCUGUUUCACUGCCAGCGGCUGGCCUGCGACGCGAGCACCACGAUGCAGCCGCGCAGCUGGCUGUUUGCUCAGCUGCGCGCACCCCAACUGUUGACGAGCAACAACCUUGUGCUGUUCACGGAGGUGUUUGAGCAACUGAGUAAAUGUCACCCGGAAGUCGUCCUGGAUGAAGUUGAAGAUCUGCUGAAGAAAUUCGUCACCGACGCCCGCUUCCAGAAGACAAAGUCGAACCUGUACGUAUUCACGGACGAGGCGCACGUGCUGCUGAAAAGCUGCGAGCGCAAGUUUGUGAGCAGGACGGCCGGCGAUAAAGGACGCGCGCUCUUCAGCCACUUCUUCAAGACGUUGAGCGACCUCGACCACAUGAACAUCUUCCUUGCCGGCACGGCACUGCGUCUCAGCGAUAGCCAGGAGCUGAUGAAGUCCUGCAUCGGCAAGGACACGAAGGAGGAGGACCUUGUGUUUCACAAGUUCUACAGAUAUGACACAGACAAUAAAAUACAGGAAUAUCUUUGGAAGUUUAUGAGUCCCGGAAGGUUUCUGAAAGAUAUCAGGGAAUUGUUUCAAGGGCGGCCACGAUUUCUCGCUUGUUUUGUGAGCCACGUACUACGCCAUAAUGCAACCGAUAAAGACGAGAUCAUUGAAGAGUCAAUACAUGAUGCCAAGACGUUUCUUAUCGGGGGAAAAAACAUACGAGAUAAGCGAUCACUAGGUUACCAGCUGGACCAGCUGGACGAGCAAGGCCGGCCUACCCUGGUUCGUGUGGCAGGUGGCCGCGCUGAUGUCAUCAACUUGCUGGAGAAACUGGUAGUCGCAUAUUAUCUAAGCAAUGGCCCCUUAUUGCUGCCAUGCCCUGAGGAGAUGAACCUGGUGGACCGAGGCAUUUGCUACGUAGAAAUCGACAAUGAGCACGGGUGUCUCACAAAGGCUAAGAUCACUGAACCUCUUGUCGUGAUCGCCAUAAAAAAGUUCUUCGAGAGAAUCGGAAUCUACAGCAACAUUGAGGAGUGGGUGCAGGACCUGCUCCUGAAUCCACUGAUUGGCCCUCAGAGUCGUGGCCUUCUGUUUGAGAUGUUUGUCCCUGGGUGGGUGCGCAAAAGCUUCAACAUGGAGCCAAUAGAUGUCAGCACGCAUCCACUGUUCCGUGGAAUCAAAGACCUUCCGCCCUGGCUGCAGAACUGCCGACUGUGGCCUGGAAAUGGCAAAUCAAUCAAUUGUGCCUCAGCAACAGGCACAGGAAAAUACUUGACAGAACCAAAACAUCAAUUUGUCUUCCCAGAUUCAAAUGCUGGUCCAGACCUGAUUUUCUACUUGGAAGAGCUAGAUUCACCUGUACGGAGUGAAGGAGUGACCAACUCUCUGCCAAUCGGUGAAUUUCUACCACAGAUUACAGGGUCACAGCCACCGUUUGCUACUCUGCAGUCGACUGUUGACAGUACUAUGUCAGGGAUUUGUAAACAGUUUGGUGAUGCAGCAGUGUCAGUUGACAUUCCAUUAUCAGAGAACCGUAUCUUUGAUGUCCCAUCCUCUUGCAUCAUCAAGCAAGACAACACAGAUGCCCUAAGUGUCACAGCCAAUGGUUGUUAUAAUUGUGAUGAAGAUGCUUCCGAAUUACUCCAAUAUGGUGAGGUACUACCAACCUGUGACACUGCAGAUAUGGCAGGCGAGUCAAAUGCUGUUGCUAGACUCGGACAAGCACGAGGAAGACUACGUUUGUGCCUAGCACAAGUAAAGCUAUCGAGUGAUGGUAAAGUGAGCUCGAACACUGCACAGCAUGGGAAGAAGACCACAGACUGGCGCAACCUCUACGAUCGGACCCAAAAGGACGGAAAUCCAGGAAUACCGAAUGACCGGAAGGACAAGGCUGUGGCUGCUUGCAAGGCCUUGCAGGCCGAGGAGGGCACCUUGAGAAUAUUAAUGUGUGUUCCCGCGAUAGCCAAGCCACAAAAGGGUACACUACUGAAACAGGAUCCAAUUGUCAGCGAGGUUGUAGGAAACGAUGUUUUCCUAGUGAUUACUCUCGAUAAUCUGGCAUAUUUUGGUGCAGAUGAGAGAGAUCUGAAUCUUAUACGUAUGAUCACAGAUCCAGAAAUUCGUGAAGCCGUCGCUGUGAAGGAAAUGCGCAUGUAAUUUCGUAUUUGGAAAUUAUAUUUCUAGACAGCUCAAAUUAUGUAUACUCACACGCCCCCACACAUGCUUAUUUUGAUUAUUUUUACAGUCACACAUAAACACUUCGUGUGAUGAGGCAUAAAUUCUGUGGAUCAUAAUCAGUUACUUAUACGAUAGCUGGCAGAAGGAUGGAUACUAGUCAUCAGUCACAUGAAUUCUGUAAUCAAUGUUGGUAUUCUGUUUUUAAACAAGAGCUAUAGUUUUUUAUAAAAUGGAAAUGAGGUCGUCAGAUUUUUAUUUGCAAGGCUAAUUAUAAUUGGACAGAAUUUUCAUUGGUGUACAUGUAACGGAUUAUGUGAGGUAAUACAUACCAGUUUUAAUUAAUUAUAAAAAACAUAAAACGUCCCUUGUGGGCGAUGUAAAAAAGUAACUAGCCGAUUUGACAAAUGCCACUCAUAUAUAUGAUCUCUAAAAUUCAUGUGUGUGUGUGCAUGUGUUUUUACAUAUAUUGUGAUAUUCUAUAUUGUUUAUGUCUAUAUACAUUUUACAUAUUCAGAUAUUCUUGUGAGUUCCCAUCAAUGCAAUUAUGCCAAAAAUUUGUAUAAAUGAUUUAUGUGGAGUUGAAAUGUUGUAAUGUUUCAAUCAAGAAAGUUUAUGAUGGCUUUUAAUAUCAACUAUGGAGGUAUAACUCCAACUCUUGAUUGUUUGGUCCAAUGCACAAGGAAAAAGAUAAAAGAUAAGGAAAAUGUUAUCUGAAUGAUCAUAAAAAAGGAAAUUGAUAUUUAAGUUAGUAAGUCCUAUACGAAGUAUAGAAUCGGAUACAUUACCAAUUUACCUACUGUGCAAUCAUGACUUGUUGUAACAGAAAUUAUAGUCCUAAGAAAAGAAAUAAUAAUUUCUUAUAUUAAUAUAAA